CUUCUCAACUGAAAAACUUAAGGUUAUCUCCUUUCUUCUUACUCUAACUAGCCACAUUUGGGAGGUUAGGUGGUGUAAUUUUCCGACGAAAUGAGGCUUCAAGGUGGCGGCCCUACCAAGGGUCGUCAAUAUUUGCCACAAAUCUUAACGGCGUUGGUUAUAUUGGUUGUUGCUAAUGUAGUGUCGGCAGACCCUUAUGUGUACUCUUCUCCACCACCUCCAGCGUAUGAGUACAAGUCACCACCGCCUCCUUCUCCUUCUCCACCACCACCUUAUGUAUACAAAUCUCCACCUCCUCCCUCACCGUCUCCACCACCACCCUAUGUGUAUAAGUCUCCACCACCUCCAUCACCAUCACCACCACCUCCAUAUUACUACAAGUCUCCACCUCCACCUUCACCAUCGCCUCCACCACCAUACUAUUACAAAUCUCCACCACCACCUUCACCAUCACCACCCCCACCAUAUUAUUAUAAGUCACCACCACCACCUUCUCCUUCACCUCCUCCACCAUACUAUUACAAAUCUCCACCACCUCCUUCACCUUCUCCCCCACCACCUUAUUACUACAAGUCUCCACCUCCUCCAUCACCAUCACCACCACCACCAUACUACUACAAGUCUCCUCCUCCACCAUCCCCAUCACCACCCCCACCAUACUACUACAAGUCUCCACCACCACCUACUAAAUCACCUCCUCCCCCGUACUAUUACACUUCACCACCACCACCAGUGAAGUCUCCCCCUCCACCAUAUUACUACUCCUCACCACCACCACCAAAGAAAUCACCUCCCCCACCAUAUCACUACACUUCUCCACCACCACCUGUUAAGUCACCACCUCCUCCAUACUACUACUCCUCGCCACCACCACCAAAGAAAUCACCUCCUCCACCAUAUCACUACAGUUCCCCACCACCACCAGUUAAGUCACCUCCAACUCCAUACUACUACAAGUCUCCACCACCACCACCAAAGAAGUCUUCUCCCCCACCAUACUACUAUACUUCACCACCACCACCAACUCACUACUAUCCUCCACAUCAUCAAUUUGUGGUCAAAGUUGUUGGCAAAGUCUAUUGUUUUAGAUGUUAUGAUUGGAAGCAUCCAGAAAUGUCUCAUGGCAAGAAACACCUAAAAGGUGCUGUUGUUGAAGUGACAUGCAAGGCUGGUGACAAGGAAAUUGUGAGUUAUGGUACCACUAAGAUCAAUGGUAAAUUUAGCAUCACAGUUGAAGGAUUUGAAUAUAGCAAAUAUGGAGCAAAGGCUUGCAAGGCUAAACUACACAAUGCUCCAAAGGAUUCGAAGUGUAGCAUUCCUACAAAUCUUCAUUGGGGAAUUAAGGGUGCUAAUCUCAAAGUGAAGUCAAAGAAUAAAUAUGAAGUUGUUCUCUAUGCAAAACCAUUUGCUUAUGGCUCAAAGACACCUUACGCAAAAUGCCAAAAGCCCAAGUCUACACCUGCUCCGUAUUAUUAUAAAUCUCCUCCACCUCCAUCACCAACUUACGUUUAUAAGUCACCACCUCCUCCAUCACCAACAUAUGUUUACAAGUCACCACCUCCUCCAACUCCGACAUACGUUUACAAGUCUCCACCACCACCUACUUAUUAUUACAAGUCUCCACCUCCACCAUCACCAAAACCUUCACCUUCACCUGUAUACUAUUAUAAAUCACCACCACCUCCAUCACCAUCGCCUCCAGCUCCUUACUAUUACAAAUCUCCACCACCACCAACUAAGUCUCCACCACCUCCUUAUUACUACAAGUCUCCACCUCCACCAUCACCAAAACCUGCACCUGUAUACUAUUAUAAAUCACCACCACCUCCAUCACCAUCACCACCCCCACCUUAUUAUUACAAGUCUCCACCACCACCAUCUCCUUCACCUCCUCCACCAUACUACUAUAAGUCCCCACCACCACCAUCGCCAUCUCCUCCACCACCAUACUACUACAAGUCCCCUCCUCCCCCAUCACCUUCUCCUCCUCCACCAUACUACUAUAAGUCACCACCACCACCGUCACCAUCUCCUCCACCACCCUACUACUACAAGUCUCCUCCACCACCGUCACCAUCUCCCCCACCACCAUACUACUAUAAGUCACCACCACCACCUUCACCGUCUCCUCCACCACCCUAUUAUUACAAGUCUCCACCACCACCAUCACCAUCACCUCCACCACCCUACUACUACAAGUCUCCUCCUCCUCCAUCACCUUCUCCCCCUCCACCAUACUACUACAAGUCACCACCACCUCCAUCACCAUCUCCUCCACCAUCCUACUACUACAAGUCUCCUCCACCACCAUCCCCGUCACCACCCCCACCCUACUACUACAAGUCGCCUUCUCCACCACCUCCUUACUACUAUCACUCUCCCCCUCCACCAGUAAAGUCUCCUCCCCCUCCUUAUUACUAUAGCUCACCUCCUCCACCCGUGAAAUCACCUCCUCCACCAGUAUAUAUUUACGCUUCACCACCACCUCCCCCAUAUUUGAGGGGUGGGUGGUGGUGUUUUCCGGCGAAAAUGAAGUUUAACGGUGGCGGCCCCACGAGGGGUCGUCGUUUGCGGCUGAUCUUAGUGGCAUUGGCCGUAUUGGUUGUGGCAAAUGUAGUAUCGGCUGACCCUUAUGUAUAUUCUUCUCCACCUCCUCCCGCGUAUGAGUACAAGUCACCACCACCUCCUUCUCCUUCUCCGCCUCCACCUUACGUAUACAAAUCUCCACCUCCUCCUUCACCUUCUCCCCCGCCUCCAUAUGUCUAUACGUCUCCACCUCCUCCUUCACCAUCUCCACCACCACCAUAUGUAUACAAGUCUCCACCACCUCCAUCUCCCUCUCCACCACCACCAUAUGUAUACAAGUCUCCACCUCCCCCGUCACCAUCACCACCUCCACCGUAUUACUACAAGUCACCUCCUCCGCCAUCACCUUCACCACCACCACCAUACUACUAUAAAUCUCCUCCACCACCUUCACCAUCACCCCCACCACCAUAUUAUUACAAAUCUCCACCACCUCCCUCACCAUCACCACCUCCACCAUACUACUAUAAAUCUCCACCACCUCCUUCGCCUUCUCCACCACCACCUUACUAUUACAAAUCUCCUCCACCACCAUCACCGUCACCUCCACCACCUUACUACUAUAAAUCUCCACCGCCUCCUAAGUCUUCACCACCCCCACCUUACUACUACAACUCCCCACCCCCACCCAAGAAGUCACCUCCACCACCAUAUUACUAUAAUUCUCCACCACCCCCGAAGAAGUCUCCUCCUCCACCAUACUACUACAACUCUCCUCCACCACCAAAGAAAUCACCUCCUCCACCAUAUCACUACACUUCACCACCACCACCAGCUAAGUCACCUCCUCCACCAUACUACUAUAGCUCUCCUCCACCACCAAAGAAAUCACCUCCUCCACCGUAUCACUACACUUCUCCACCACCACCAGCUAAGUCGUCUCCUUCACCAUACUACUACACUUCACCACCACCACCAAAGAAAUCAUCUCCUCCACCAUACUACUACACUUCCCCACCACCACCUACUCACUAUUAUCCUCCACAUCAUCACUUUGUGGUCAAGGUUGUUGGAAAAGUUUACUGUUUUAGAUGCUAUGAUAAGGAUUACCCAGAAAAGUCUCAUGCUAAGAAGCACCUCAAAGAUGCUGUUGUUGAGGUAACUUGCAAAGCUGGUGACAAGAAAAUUGUGAGUUAUGGUACCACUAAGAACAAUGGUAAAUUUAGCAUCACAGUUGAAGGAUUUGAAUAUAGCAAAUAUGGAGCAAAGGCUUGCAAGGCUAAACUCCACAAUGCUCCUAAGGAUUCAAAGUGUAGCAUUCCUACAAAUCUUCAUUGGGGAAUUAAGGGUGCUAACCUCAAAGUGAAGUCAAAGAAUAAAUAUGAAGUUGUACUCUAUGCAAAACCAUUUGCUUAUGGCUCAAAGACACCUUAUGCAGAAUGCCUAAAACCCAAGCCUACACCUGCUCCAUACUAUUAUAAAUCUCCUCCACCUCCAUCACCGACUUAUGUUUAUAAGUCACCACCUCCUCCAUCACCAAAAUAUGUGUACAAGUCACCACCUCCCCCAACCCCGACAUACGUUUAUAAGUCUCCACCACCACCUGCUUACUAUUACAAAUCUCCACCACCACCAACUAAGUCUCCACCACAUUACUAUUACAAAUCUCCACCUCCACCAUCACCAAAACCUGCACCGGUAUACUAUUAUAAAUCUCCACCUCCACCAUCGCCAAAACCUGCACCCGUGUACUAUUAUAAAUCACCACCACCACCAUCACCAAAACCUGCACCCGUGUACUAUUAUAAGUCACCACCACCACCAUCACCAAAACCUGCACCGGUAUACUAUUAUAAGUCACCACCACCACCAUCACCUUCUCCCCCACCUCCUUACUACUACAAGUCUCCUCCACCACCAUCACCAAAACCUGCACCUGUAUACUAUUAUAAAUCACCACCACCACCAUCACCAUCUCCUCCUCCACCAUACUAUUACAACUCUCCACCACCACCAUCGCCAUCUCCGCCACCACCAUACUACUACAAGUCCCCACCCCCACCAUCACCUUCUCCUCCACCACCUUACUACUACAAGUCCCCACCGCCACCAUCACCUUCUCCCCCUCCACCAUACUACUACAAGUCUCCUCCACCCCCAUCACCAUCUCCUCCACCACCAUACUACUACAAGUCUCCUCCACCCCCAUCGCCAUCUCCUCCACCACCUUACUACUACAAGUCUCCACCACCCCCAUCACCAUCACCUCCACCACCCUACUAUUACAAGUCUCCUCCUCCACCAUCCCCAUCACCACCUCCACCCUACUACUACAAGUCACCACCUCCACCGUCACCUUCUCCUCCACCUCCCUACUAUUACCACUCUCCACCUCCACCAGUAAAAUCUCCUCCUCCCCCCUACUACUACAACUCACCUCCUCCACCCGUGAAAUCACCUCCUCCACCAGCAUACAUUUACGCCUCUCCACCAGCUCCAACCCACUACUAAGUUCUAAAAAGAGCUUAGCCAUUCUCCAUAACCAAUUAAAUCCUAGUUUGAGGAGAAGCUCCAAUCAUCAUUGGCAUGAAGCAGUUAACAUGGAGCAAUUUGUUUCUUCUUAUCUUGUGGCCUUCUUGCACAUUGUUAUCAUUGUAUCUUCUUGGUGGAAGCUUCAACAACUUAAUUAAUUAUUCCUUAUAGGAAGAAAAUAAUUUGUUAGUGGUCCUUUGAGGUGUAUCUGACUUUGAUAUUUCAAAGGCUUUAAUUUAUUAAUUUUCCAUUAGUUAUCACUACUUGUUUUGUGUAUCUUCAUGUGCUUUAUGCACCAAAUCAAUAAAAGAUGAAGUUUGUUCUUUUUC